UUAAAUUUGAUCCAGUUUGAACUGUCGAACGAAAAAGUUAUUUUAGUUCAUUAUUUUUUCAUAUUAAUAAACUAAAACAUCAAAAUGACUUCAACUGUUUCACGUCAACAAAUAGUAAAAGUAUUUGAAGUCGUCAGUGAGAUUUUUCAGGAAGAAAAUAUAAAAAUCUGUGUUAAAGAAUCACUCAAAGGUGGCCUUAUUACAGGAAUCUCCACUCUCGUUGGUGGUUUAGUUGGUGGAAGAACUGGUCUCUUAGCUGGUAGUGUAUUGGGUACAAUAGCUACAUUACAGAUGACUUCAAAUUAUAAGUCCCUUAUACAAGUUAUUAAUGAGCUGAAUUAUGAUGUUCAAAAAAAAAUGUUUGACGCAUUGCAGAACAUUGCAACAAAUAUAGAUAUUACUGAUGUUAUCAAAUUUGGUAUGUUACUAACUACUAAUCAAUCGAUGAAACAGGCAAUCAUUUUUGAAAUUAUAAAUUUUGUUCGUAAUGAAUUAAGUAUGGAAAUAGUUCGAAGUUAAUUUUUUCUUUAUAUUAAAUUAUAUUUUUAUACUAAUGUGAUAUGGAUUAACUGUAAAAAAAUAAAGUAAUAUUGUACUCAAUUUUUUCUAAGUAAAUUAUACCCAGAAUAUUUAUAAAUAUAUGUUAACAUAAGAAACC